AUGGAAGAAUAUCAAGGCCAGACCGAAGACGACAAAAGCCAAGGGACAUUUUCCGUGCACGAUGGCAUGGACGAUGAGAAAGAUCUCGGGCAUGGUAUCGAUGCCAGUGAUGCAUCGGCACGGAAAGGCGCGAUUCUGGACUUGGAGGCUGCGACGUCCAAGAAGACGACAACAUCGGGAGAGUACAACAAAUCGCCCAUACCCGACGGAGGCUCACAGGCCUGGCUCCAGGCCGUCUCUGGUUUUUUUCUGUAUCUUAAUUCAUGGUCAAUAUCUUCUUAUCCUGAGUCAAAUGUCUCCGGUCUAACAAAGCUCAUCUCGUAGGGGCAUUGUUACAGCGUACGGUGUUUUCCAAAGCUAUUAUGUAAACGACUUCCUGAAAGGCGAGAGCAACAGUGCCGUUGCAUGGAUAGGGACAAUACAAGGCUUUCUUCUCGCGUUCAUGUCGAUCUUCGCAGGUCCCGUUCUGGACAGAGGACACCCACAUUGGCUAAUCAUGAUCGGGGGCUUCAUGGUCGUCUUCGGAUUGAUGAUGACUUCGCUAGAUCACGCAUACUGGCAGCUGUUCCUGGCUCAAGGAGUGUGCGUUGGUCUCGGAUCCGGACAGCUUUUCAUUGUCGCCGUUGCAAUCAUUCCUGGGUGGUUCGAUAGAUAUCGCGCGUUUGCGACUGGAAUCGCCGCUGCUGGAAGCGCUACAGGUGGCAUCAUCUAUCCGAUCAUGUUUCGCCGCCUGCAGCCAGUACUGGGAUUCGGAUGGGCGGUGCGAAUCAUGGGCUUCAUUGUCCUUGCGGGUGUUGUGUUGUCGCUUCUAUUAUGCAAGCAACGCACUCUUCCUCCACCGCGACCAAAGAUUGUCGACUUCAGCGGGUUUGAAGAGGUUCUCUUCACGCUAUUUUGUGUCUUAUCCUUCGUGGGGUCCAUGGGACUCUACGUCCCAUACUUCUUCAUCACGGAUUAUGCCGCUCAGCGCUCUCACCUUGGAGAAGAGCUGGCCUUCUUCAUGCUGCCCAUCAUGGCCUCCGGAGGCCUCAUUGGACGAACUCUUCCGGCAAUGAUAGCCGAUAAGUUUGGAUGCUUGCAGACGCUCACAUUCACGACUUCGAUAUCUGCAUUGUUGAUCUUUUGCUGGAUCCCCAUCAGAGAGUCAAAGGGCGGACUUAUUGCCUGGUCGAUCCUCUAUGGUGUCUUCAGCGGUCCAUUUGUAAGCCUCCAGACGCCCACAAUCGCCGCAAUCACAGCAGACAUGCGAUUCGUGGGUGGUAGAAUGGGCAUGGCGACGCUCUGCUUAGCCCUCGGAGUUCUUGUCGGCAAUCCUAUCGCGGGAAAGAUUAUGACCGGACAAGAUUGGGUUGGAUUGCAGUGGUUUGUGGGUGCGACUCUUGCUGCGUCUACCAUUUUGAUCGCUGCAACUAUGGUGAUGAAGGGUCGUCAAGACAGAGCAGGCCAAACGUUGAUGUGGUCAGGUCGAUGA